UGGAGCCUCUCCCUUCAGACCAAUGGCGCCGUCACAGCGUCACUCCCAACCCCUCAUCGCCCCUCGCCUCCGCCGUCUCUCCAAUUCCUUCGUUUUUUUCUUCACAUCAAUCAUUCUCUGUCCUUUACCAACAUCCAUCAUCCAUAUUCUGUCCAACCGGUCGCCGAUUGACUGCAAGGUCAAUCCCCUUUCCAACCUCCACUGCUGGGUUCUUUCACUUACAAACCUUACCAUUAUAAGGUGAAACGAAAACCAGGCGAAGCUGUUAGGUCCUUCGUCAGUGGGUCUCUCAUCCAUACUCGACAAAAUGAUGCCCGAUUUCUGGUUCGUGUGAUGAUGUUAUUGGACUAUAAAGGUGAAGCAGCAUAAUUCAACUCGGAGGGAGCUGGGCGCUGGAUUGUAUAUGUUGAUGAAAUUGAUAAAAUAACUAAGAAGAUUAUGAGGUGCAGCUUGAAUAAAUUAGGG